AUGUCCGGAGAAUCAUCGGGUUCAUUCCCGACCCUGGAGUCGCUCCAUUUCCCGUCCGCUCAAAUGUCCAUCUCGCAGACCCUGUCCUCCCUGCGUCGGUCUGCGCUUUCGGUCUCAAACCGACUCCAGUCCAUUGAGACAGAUGCAGCUUUUGUGCGCGAGGUAGCGUACCAUUAUGAUCUGCCGCUGGUCGCGAAUGAGCGUUGCGGCAGUUGGUAUAUUGAUCCCGAGACGAAGGCUGGUAGUGCAUAUUUCAAAAGCACGGAUGGUCACACCGGGCAGUGGGACUUUAGCUUUCUAAUGCCAGACGCCCUUUCUAAAACAGUCCCGAUCUGGAGCGCCGUUCUAAAUCGAGCCCUCUUCCCAGAAAAGACGGAAUACCACCCAGUCCAACUCCCGCCAAACUACCUCGGCGCCUCCGAAGAAUCACAAAUAGAAUCGCGAAUCGACAGCUUCGUUUCAUCCCUCAAGGGCCUCAAAUUGGAUCUGGAACAGCUGCGUUCGCAGCUCGGCAAGCCCAUUCGUGUUGCCUGGGCCAAUCGCUCGUACUUUCACCCGACGGAUCUGUACAAGGGCGAUGCAUACUGCUUGCUCGUGCUAUGCUCCGCUUCCAGGCGGGUGCAGGGCGCUGAGAUAUCGGAAGGAGGGUAUAUCCAGGGUGCGGGUGAUGAUAGCGAGGGAUGGGCGCAUGGACUGACGCCCUCCGUGUUCUGGGAGAACCAGGAUAUUCUCAAGUCCACACCGGAAGAGGGAUUGCCGGCCUUGAUUAAGGAGUUGGUGGCUGGUCAGUCGCGGCAGGGUGCGGGUCACGAUGCGACGCUUAUUGGGCCGACGUCGAAUCUCUUUAUUGGGGUGUCUGAUGCGCUCAAGGAGGCUGGUGUCGGUCCAUAUGAUCUUGUUAUUGAUUGCAAUGGGGAUCCGGCUGCUGUAGAGGGGAAACCGAAGCGGUUGAAUCUGGGCUGUGCGUCUGCGAAGCUGGGGAGUCGAGAUCUACGAAAGUCGCUGGAUAAAGUGCGGGACUUUGUUUGGGGGCAUCUGGGGUCGGAUUCGUCGUUGUCGUUGUUGGUGAUGUGCGAGAAUGGGAAGGAUCUUUCGGCAGGGACGCUGCUUGCGAUUAUUUGUCUCUUUUACAAUGAUGAAGGGAAAUUCGACGUCUCGCAGGGAGAGCAUUCCGUCAGCAAACAAUAUAUCCGACAGCGGCUAGCCUGGAUCGUAUCAUCAAAGCACGACGUGAAUCCGUCCCGCUCGACGCUUCAGUCGGUCAACGCGUUUCUCAUGUCGUGA